AUGACGUUAAGAGCGAAUCGAAAGAGUCUAUACCCUGAUAAGUGUGUAUUCGGGGUCACCAGGGGCAAAUGCUUAGGAUUUUUUGUGGAUGAGGGGGGUAUUGAAGCCAACCCUGACAAAAUCCAUGUUGUCCUUAACAUGAAAUCAACGUCAUCUGUAAAGGAGGUAAAACGCCUAACCGGUUGUAUUGCCGCCUUAAGUCAUUUUAUGUCAAAAUCAGCCGAUAGAUGUUAUGCUUUUUUCAAAGUACUAAAUUUCGUACUUGUCGCAGAAAGAGAGAAGCAUCAAUUGCCUAUUUACUACAUAAGCCAUGCAUACAGAGGCUCUAAAUCUAAGUACAGCCCGAUCGAGAAAAUAGUUUACGCUCUAGUCAUGGCAAGUAGGAAUUUAAAACCGUACUUCCAAUCACAUCCUGUUGUUGUUCGCACCUCUCAACCAGUCAAGAAAGUCUUGGAAAGUAGAAAUCAAUCAAAAAGAAUGGCUGACCGGGCCAACCAACUUGCUGAUUAUGGAAUAGAAUUCGAACCUAGGACUGCCAUUAAGGCUCGAGCCUUAACUGAUUUCAUCGCCGAAACCUCAGGAGCAAAUGAAGAGGUUCAGAAUGACGAACCUUGGAAGUUAUAUGUAGACGGUUCAUCCACCAGAUCAUGUAAUGGAGCAGAACUUCUAAUCAUCACCCCCGCUGGGGCUAGAAUGGAGCAUUCAAUGAGAUUUGAGUUCACCGCUACUAACAAUGAAGCCGAGUUAGAAAAUGCCCAGGUUGAUGCCUUAUCAAGGCUUGCUAGUUCAACCAUCAACAAUGAACCGAGGAACAUAGUAUGGGAAGUCCUCCUAACUCCCAGCAUUAACGCCUUUGUGGGCCAUGUUGAUAGAACUGACUCUUGGAUGGAUCACUACAUCAAAUUCUUGAGAGACGGAGAACUCCCUGAGGAUCCAGUGAUGGGACCCAUGAUAUUGAAAAAGUCAAAAUGGUUCGAGUGGUAUGAUGGGGCUCUUUACAAGAUGUCAUACACCCACCCUCUUCUGAAAUGUGUUACCCCCUCUGAAGGCAACUACAUCCUCUGCGAGAUACACGAAGGCGCCUGUGGCAUUCACCAAGGAGCCAGAACUAUCAUUGGAAAGGUCCUUCGUAGUGGAUACUAUUGGACAAGUUUGAAGGCAGAUGCCGAGAAAUUAGUCAACCCUAAGUGGGGAAUACACUUGCUAGGACCUUUUCCACCUGCUACUGGCCAACGCAAGUUUGUCAUUGUUGCAAUCGACUACUUCACCAAGUAUUUUGAAGCUGAAGCUCUAAGCACCAUUACCGAUAAGAAAGUCUACCAAUUCAUUUGGCGAAACAUCAUCACUCGAUAUGGAGUUCCACGAGCUAUAAUCUCCGACAAUGAAAGACAAUUCAACAGCAACACCACAAGGGAAUAUUACUAG